UUAUAGAUCCGUGUAUAUCUGUGCCAUGCGCGAAUUCAGCUACUUGUGUAAUGGAUACAGAUACAGGAGGAUUCACUUGUCAUUGUCUGCCUAGAUUUUCGGGGAAAUUGUGUCAAAUUAAGGAAGAUGUAUGUAAACCAGAUCCAUGUGUUCGAGAAAACACAGUUAUUUGUGCGGGUAUUCGAGGCAUAUUGUGCUAUUGCAAACCGGGAUUCACUGGAGAUACGUGCGACAUAAACAUUAACGACUGUCAUGCCAGUGCAUGCAGCGGACAUGGGAGCUGUAAGGACAAGGUUAAUGGGUUUGACUGUGAAUGUUUCUCACGUUACAAUGGAACAAAAUGCGAGAUUGAUAAAUGCCCAACCCAAUCUGCUGGAAACAUGAGUUGCCCCGCAGUACAGAACACGCUUAAUGGACCAAAAGAAACAUAUUUGAAAGUACCUGUCGGUAGUGAACUAACGUUGAACUGCAGCAUGUCUUGGCUGCAUCAGCCUAUACUGUAUUGGUCAAAAGUAAAUGGUUGCGGGUUCGAAUAUGAAAAUAUCAAAGCCUCAGUGUACCGUCAACCACAUGCGUCAAUAGGGGAUUCUGGAACAUAUAUCUGCGCUGGUUCAGACGGUUCUGGUCCUAAUAUUACCAGAUAUUUCCAUGUGGACAUUACGGCUUUACACAAAGAAGAAGUUUGUAAUUUUGAUGAUGGAACAUUGUGUGGCUGGGAACAACAGAAGAAUGACAAUUUUGACUGGACUUUUGAAAAUGGCCCAACGCAGUCUGAUGGUACAGGACCUGAUGUCGAUCACACACUAGGGACAGGAAUAUCUCCGAAAUACAAAAAAGUGGAAAACCACAGGUUACCCAAAACGACUGUGGAAAUGUGGAAAUGCAAGCUACCGUCCAUGCCCUCUAGCGCCGGGUUGUGA